UGUUCUGACCACCACCCAAAACACUCACCCUUUUCUUCUGCCACCUCUCUCUCUCUCUCUCUCUCUCUCUCUCUCAGUGUCGUUGUACAAAACUCUUCUGCGAAACCCUAGAUUUUCUGAAUUUCAAAAAUUCAAUCCUCAACGCACAAUCUCCCUCUCUCUCUGUUGGAGCUCCAAUCCACUGCGCGCUUCUUCUCCCUCUCUCGAUCUCCUCUCCCCCUCCCUCCGACUUCCUCACUUUUCGAUGGCGGAAGGCAAGCUCGAUCUGCCCGACGAUCUCCUCUCCUCCAAACCCUCCGAUCAGUCCUGGACCUCCAAAGUUGAAGCCUCUGGAGGAAAUGAUGAAGAAAAGGUGCUUAUUGGGUCAUCUGAUGACUCGAAAGAUCCAGCUGCCUCAGAGAGCAUACCUUUGUCCCCCCAGUGGCUUUAUGCCAAACCCAGUGAGUCUAAGUUGGAAAUGCGCGGCCCAAGUUCCCUUGGAAACUCUACUGAUAGCAACCAGAAGGAAGGUUGGCGUUUGGAAGGAUCUGAUGACAAAAAAGAUUGGAGGCGGCCUGCCACUGAAAGUGAAAGUAGCCGUCGUUGGCGUGAAGAGGAAAGAGAAACUAGCUUGCUUGGUGGCAGAAGAGACCGAAGGAAACCAGAACGCCGUGUCGACAGUGUUCCAGUGAGAGACACAACUGACAAUAGGGCACUGCCUGCAUCUGAAAGGUGGAAUGAUGGCCGUACUUCUGCACAUGAAGCACGGCGUGAUAGCAAAUGGUCAUCAAGGUGGGGUCCUGAAGACAAAGAAAAGGAGACUCGAACUGAAAAGAAAACAGAUGUGGAGAAGGAAUAUGCUCACAGUAACAGUGACAAUCAAUCCCUUGGAGGUAACAACCGUUCAGCUUCUGAGCGCGAGUCAGAUUCUCGGGAUAAAUGGAGGCCACGCCAUAGGGAUCUUCACUCUGGUGGGUCAAAUGCUUACCGUGCUGCACCAGGAUUUGGACUUGAAAAAGGACGGGUGGAGGGUUCAAAUUUGGGAUUUACCCUUGGAAGAGGGAGGGCAUCUGGUGUCGGGAGAUCAUCUGCAGGUGUUAUUGGCUCUGCUCCUUCUGGAAAAAGUGAAAGUGUUCCUGGGAAACCUAGGCACUCAGCUGAUAGUUUUUGCUACCCAAGGGGAAAGCUUCUUGACAUUUAUCGCCAGCGAAAGCUUGAUCUAUCUUUUGCUACCAUGCCAGAUGAGAUGGAAGAAUCGCCUCCUACAACUCAAGUGGGCUUUGUGGAGCCAUUAGCUUUUCUUGCCCCCGAUGGUGAAGAGGAGGCCAUCCUCAGUGAUAUAUGGAACGGAAAGAUUACAAGUAGUGGGGUAGUAUACAAUUCAUUUAGAAAGGGAAGAUCAACUGAAAACAAUACAGGUGGCGGAGACUUGGAAGCUGUUGAUGGAGUUCUGGGUAUUUUGCCCUCGAGCAUCACAGAAGAGACAAACAAUAUCUUGCAGGAGUCUGCAAAUGCUGAUGAUUAUGGGACUUCAUGGAAUUCUGGUGCACAAAGGAAUGUGGUAGAUGAAAAAGAUGUCAAUCAUAAAGAAUGGGAAACCAAAUCUAGUGCAGAAAAGGACCUUGAUGGAUUUUCUCAAACAUUUCAGAAAAGUAAUGGUAUCUGCAGUGAUGUUGAGACUGAUGGUGGCAGUAGGAAAAAUGAAGCUUCUUUUUUAUCCAGCCAUUCUUUGUCGAAUGACAUUGAGUUUGCAACUUCUGACUUAAGAUCAAAACUUCACGAUGGUUCAAAUACUCUCUAUGCUUUUGGCUCGUCUGAGCAGAAUCUGAAUAAUAAUUCUCGGGUGAAAGAGUUAGAAAGGGAUGUCCCUCCUGAGGAUUUAUGUUUGUAUUACCUUGAUCCUCAAGGGGCGGUUCAGGGACCAUAUUUGGGGGUAGACAUUAUUUCAUGGUUUGAACAAGGGUUUUUUGGGACAGACUUGCCUGUUCGAUUGGCAGAUACUCCUGAAGGAACACCUUUCAAAGAAUUGGGGGAGGUCAUUCCGCAUCUGAAAGUUUGGGAUGCGCAUGGGAAUAUUGUAAAUCCAACUUCUCAUAUAGAAGAAUCAAGUGGCUCCUUAGGGAAUAUAGAGUCUAGCUUACCUUCUUCCGAUCUAAAUAGCCUUUCAACUCUGCAUAUUCAACCUAGAAAUUCUGAGCCUGAAGCUCCACUACAACUGCCACAUUCAACGGGUCAAAGCUUUAAUGAUUUUUGUGCAGAAGAUGAAGAUAUUGUGUUUCCAGGAAUACCUGGAACCACCGGCUAUUCUACUGCAAGAUCUUCUGGAGCCAUUCAUGAUUCUAUUGAAAAUUCUAUUGGCCACCUUCCUUCUCCAACUGAGCUGACAGAAUCUGGUGUGCCUAUUCAGAAUGAUAAUAAGUUGCACCCCUUUGGCUUGCUUUGGUCUGAGUUAGAAGGCUGUCAAACAAAACAAGUCAAGCCAGCCAAUAGGCCUUCUAACAUGGGGAGGGCUGUUCCAUUUAGUGGAAUUUCUGAUACAGCGAUUCUUGCUGAGACAUGGUCUGAUGUUCAUAGAAAAAAUGCAGUCUCUGAUACAAACCUGUAUCAAGACAUGGUAACCCCACGUCAAUUGGCACACAUGGAACAGGAACCCAGUCAUUAUGAUUUAGCGGAGCAGCUUAUGUCACAGCAAAUUCGACAGCAGCAGCUCCAACAGCGGAAUAUGUUGUCUAGCUUUGGACACUUGAAUGAUGCAGCAUUAGAGCAUUUGCCAAGUCAGAAUCUUAUCCACCAACAGUUAGCCAACCAUUCUUCAGCAGAUCUGGAUCAUCUUUUGGCACUUAAGAUGCAACAGCACCGGGAGGCUCAGCUCCAGCAACAUCAGCAACUGCAACAGCAGCAGUUUCAUCACCAGCAGAAGCUUUUACAGGAGCAACAGCAGUCCCAACUGCAACAGGUGCUUCUUGAACAACUGCUGCGUGGUCAAAUGCAUGAUCCUGCGCUUAGGCAGCCACACAUUGAUCCUGUCAGAGCAAACAACGUUAUUGAACAGGUUCUAUUAGAGCAGCGCCUUAUGCAUGAACUCCAACAAAGGUCUCACCAUUUUCCAAGGCAUGUUGAUCCAUCUUUGGAGCAGCUUGUCCAAGCGAAGUUUGGUCAGUCACCCCCACAAGCAGAUUUUCUUGAUCUACUGUCUCGUGCGCAGCAUGAACAAAUUCAAUCAUUGGAACAUCAGAUGCAAGCCAGGCAGUUACCAACGGGGAUGAGACAGAGGAUGGAAGACGACAGACAUGGUGGUUCUGUCUGGCCAGCAGAUGAGUCAAAUCAGUUUUUGAGGACCCAUGCUGGUGCUCAGCGAGCUCACUCUUCCGGAUUUAGUCCUUUAGAAUUUUAUCAGAAGCAACAGAGGCCAUCCCAUGAGGAGCAGCUUAGCCAACUUGACCGUAAUCUUUCAUUGCAGGAUCGACUUCAGCAAGGGUUUUAUGAGCCUGGCUCUCAUCCGUUUGAGCGGUCUAUGUCACUGCCUGCUGGGGCACAAGGGAUGAACUUGGAUGCUGUAAAUGCCAUGGCUCGUGCUCAGGGCUUGGAUAUGCAGGAUUCCCUUGGACGGAUGCCAUCGGGUGGUCAAUUGGGAACAUUUUCAUCUGGAAUCCAUUCUCAUAAUCCUCAUCACCCUCUUCCUAACCAAUUUCAUGCUUCACAUUUGGAUGCAAUUGAGGGUCACUGGCCUGAGAAGAAUGAACAGCUAGAAAAUGAUUGGAUGGACUCUCGGUUUCAGCAGUUGCAUAUUAAUGCUGAGCGGCAGAAAAGGGAGUCAGAGAUCAAUAUUCCUUCUCAGGAUCGAGGUUUAUGGAUGUCAGAUGGAUUGAAUGAAGAGCAUUCAAAGAGACUAUUGAUGGAGUUACUCCAUAAAAAAUCAGCCCAUCAACCUGCUGAGUCAUUGAAUGUCAACAAUGGCAUCUUCUCUGAUAAAAGGCCUUCAUCUGGCAUGUACUCUGGUUCAAGCUCUUCAAGUCACCCAUUCAGUCUUCAUUCAGACCAAGAAGCAGGUCUAAAUAAUUCAUUUCGAGUAGGAUCAUAUGGUUCAAAUCAUAUGGAGCUCCCACAGGAAGAGCGGGCCAGCAGCAUGGAAAGCAAUGAAAAGUUGGUGUAUAGAUCUGAUUCUGGAGCAUUGGUUGAGAGAGAGUCAUUCUUGGCUGGCAUCAAUGCUACGAGUCAGCCGAUUUACACAAAUUCUAACAUCAUUAGUAAGUCUUCUAUCAGUAAAGAGGUUUCGGAGUUGGAGGGAAGGAAGCGUGGGACGAAGAGUGAGGGGAUCAUUAGGGGACAAGCGUUUGACACUCGAGAACAAAUGGUUGAACAAGCAGUGUUGGCUGCUCCAGAUUAUGAGGAGAGGUCAGCAAAUUCCCUUAACAUGCGUUCGUCAUCUGGUGUUUCAGGCUUUCAUAGCGACAAGAUUGGCCGAAGUAAUUCAUUUGCGGAAGAAACAACCAGGGAUCGGGUUCCAGCCCCAUCCAAAACUCAAGAUAAUAUUCUGCUGAGACGACCUCCUGUCUCAAGCGCUUCAGCAUCCCACGAAGGAUUGUCAGAACUGAUCUCUAAUCCAGUCUUCCGAGGACAAAGUGCAAGUGCUGCUCCAGAUGGGGGGAGGCAAGACCCCGUUGUUGUUCAUCCAGUAAACCAAGGUUCUGAUGCCUUGCCGUCAUCUUCAAAGAAAGAAAUUCAAUUUCGCCGUACUUCUUCCGCCAGCGAUGCUGAUGUGUCAGAGGCUUCAUUUAUGGAUAUGCUUAAGAGUAAUACCAAGAAGCUGGCUCCGACGGAUGCCCAUGCGACGGCGGGAGAAGAUGCAAUGCAAGGGAACCGGAGUGGCAAAAAGAAGGGAAAGAAAGGGAGGCAAAUCGAUCCUGCCCUCCUCGGUUUUAAAGUUACCAGCAACCGGAUAAUGAUGGGCGAAAUCCAUCGCAUAGAUGAUUAGGCCCGUUUGUUGUGUAAUUUAUGUGUAAAUCUCCGUUUCAUGAUAGUCUCGUAUAGAGGUUUAGAACACUCGAUGUAAAGCAUCUCCGGGUGAAAAUUCUUUUAUUUUUUCU